AUGGCCACGCCCUCACAUCCUCUUCGCAGCUUUGCCCUCCUAGUCCUUCUCUUCUGUCUCGUAGAAUCCGCCUUUGGCAGAGGCGGCUUCACUGCUGACCUGAUACACCGCGAUUCCCCAUCCUCGCCGUUCCAUGACCCCUACAUCACGCACUCUGAUCGCAUGCGUGGCGCGGCCCGGCGCUCGAUAUCGCGCGCCCAUCGCCUCUGGGCUGGACAUAGUUCGAAUAUCCAAUCCGAGAUGACCUACAGCGAUGGUGCAUACUACAUGAAGGUGUUGAUCGGGUCGCCUCCCCUCGAGACGUUCCUGAUGGUUGACACGGGGAGCGAUCUCUUGUGGACUCAGUGCGAGCCUUGCGUUAAAUGCUACCGCCAGAAGCCGCCGAUCUUCAACCCGCGGAAUUCCUCCACGUACAAAACCGUCCAGUGCCGCACGGGGUUGUGCAAGUCCCUAGACGGGGCCAGGUGCGGCGGCGAUGAUGGACGCACAUGCGAGUACUAUUACAAGUACGGUGACGAGUCCUUCACAAGUGGUGACUUGGCCGUGGAGACCUUUAGGAUUGGAACACCCCCCGGCAGCACGAUCACCCUCCCGAGGAUAGCGUUCGGGUGCGGCUACGACAACGGUGGGGUCUUCGACAACACCAGUUCGGGCAUUAUCGGUCUCGGCGGCAGUCGCCCCAUUUCGCUGAUCUCCCAAAUAGAGGGCGCCAUUGGUGGCCAAUUCGGCUAUUGCCUUGUCCCAGAGUUCGGAAAAGGCACGAGCAAAAUCUGCUUCGGCGAGGACGCUGUGGUCUCUGGCCGGGGUGCCAUCUCGACACCUAUUGUCUCAAUAGGCCUCGACCUCUACUUUGUGAGCCUAGAAGGCUUCAGCGUCGGAAAAACGAGAUUCUCAUAUGGCGACAACUCCGCUGGCUCAGAAGCCAAGGAGUCCAACGAAGUCGUGAAGAUGUUGAUUGACUCCGGGACGUCCCUGACGUUCAUGCCGUCUCAAUUGUUCGACAACCUGGAGAGUGCCAUAACCAAGGCCAUCCGCUUGCCGAGAGUCCCAGACCCCCAUGGCGAGCUCGACCUCUGCUACAGGAGCCCGGGUGGUGAGAUCGAUGUGCCAGUUGUGACGCUGCAUUUCGCAGGCCGCGCUGAUAUGGCGCUGAACACAGUUAGUACAUUCGUGCAGUUCGCAGAGGAUUUGGUUUGCGUCACAAUAAAGCCAAUGGACAAAGUGGGGAUACUCGGAAACUUCGCGCAGAUGGGGUUCAAGGUCGGGUUCGAUGUGCGGAAGAAGAAGGUGUCGUUCAUGGCCACGGAUUGCACAGCGCAGUGACGUAGUUUGGGGAGGAGUUUGCAUUUGAAAAAUAAUGGCUUGUUUUUAUUUUUCUGG